GGGGGGGGUUCCACUAGAGAUCAUCCACCACUGAGGGGUCAAGGUAUAGUCAGAAGUCAGAAUUCUACAUGCAUAUUGAGUUGCCUCACACCCACAACACUCAAGGAACAGUUUGGGGGACCUGACCUGUUUCCUCAGAGUAGAACUGUUACAGCUUAAAUACAAGCUCAGAGCAGAGGAGAAAGGCUUGUCGAGUACAGUGGUUAGUGAUUUACUCAGUUUACAGAGUGCAAAACGCCCAUGGACAGGCUGAAGGGCACUUUUGGAGUGAUGAGCGUAGGUGUGUGUCACGCUAACGGAGAGGGUGGUUGUUGUUUUUUUUAACUCAGGAAACAAAGUGGCAUGAACACUCACUAAUGAAAUCGUAUCUGUCUAGCAGUGCGAUUAAAGAUGAUUCAAGCUAAAAGGGUUCAAAUGUCUUUUUGAACUUUGCGAACUCUUCGAAACCCUUUUUAUGACAUACACUCUCAGAGAUCCUGUUACUGCAGGAUCAUUUGUAGAACAUCUGUGUUUUCCCCCCUGGUUCUACAACACGAAUAGAUUGUAUGAGUUACUUGAAUAUGCUGGCGGUAAAGAUUCAGUCUAAACACCGUCGUACACUGUUAUUACCAAGCAUACAGAAACAUUCUAUCCAUUUGACCAUGUCGAGCGAAAGCACUUCCUUCUUAUGAGUGAGCCAUCCAUGUGAGUGGGAGCGAUGUCUGCAACAACACUCUCACCCCUUGAUGUUGGCUCCCAAUCAGAGCAACAGCUCCCAUUUACAACUUCAUCUGACAGUUUCCCUUGACCGAGCAUUAACUUAUCACACUCUCUGUUAAACACACGUUCUCUCACUCUCUUUCAGAACAGCAGCAAGAGGUAGUUAUGAGACACACCCUUCUGGGAGAUAAGUACAGCAGCCACACAAAGCCUCCUUACUUAAUCAUUAACGAUCGACUCCUUGCUAAGUAAAGAUACCUACAAGGAAAUGGGAGGACUAAUUUGAGCAGGAGCUCAGAAGGUAUCAGACACAGUUACUCAAAGAAGCAAGGGACAAGCAUGUCUUCAUAUUGGGGAGAUCAAGUCAGGAGACACAAGAUGAACCUGUUCACCCAGCAAACUGUGAUGCUUUGGCUCUGUGCUGCUCGCACACUCACAACGGCAGAGCUGGUGAAGCUAAGCACUGUUGACUCUGUCGUUGUGCCAUGUCACCAGAGUGUCACCCUCCGAUGUGACAUCUCCACCUUCCAGGAGGGGCUGUCGAUCAAUCAUCUGGCCUGGGUCCGCCAGGACGGGAAGCACCUGUGUGAUGUUAACGCGACUGGAGUGACCGGGACCCACCCAGGGAGCACACCUAGUGCCAUGGAGUGUCGUUAUACCCCACAGACACAGCUGACCCUGACUCUGCUGCAGGUACAGCCACUGGAGCAGGGAAAGUACUUGUGCAAGCUGCGCUCCAAUCAUGGAGUAAAGGAGGCCACUACAACGGUGAAGCUGCAAGAGUGCUACAGGGAGGCCCAGCCCAGCAUCAGUGAUGAGGGCCCAACCUGCACCUUCACUGGGGUCUACCCUGAUGGAGAGGUGCACUGGUUCCAGGGACCCAACAACGUGACUGGGGACUCUACAAUCAACACUAAACAAGUGGAAGAGGGAGCGUCAUUGACUAUAACUAGUUCCCUGAAAAGAAAGACAGUCUCUGGGGAAGGGGCUUACAACUGCUCCCUGUGGAUCCCCAGUACCGGAGCCUACCUGACCAGCAGCUUAGUGGUACCAGAGCAUGGUGAAGCCAGGGCUGCGCAGCCCAAUGCCAGUGGGGCAGGGGCCAUUGGUCCUUUGUGGAAACCUUUUCUAGUCCUCCUGAGUACUCUCUUCCUGGUGUGACAUCCUGAAAACAAACAUUAACAAAUUGACAAGCAAGUGCCAGGAUCAUUUAAUAAGAAUAUGGAAGAGCCAUUGUGUGAGGUUCCUUUCACGGUCCAAAGGUUUCCUUAGCUGCGUAGAAGAAGGAAAUGAUGGACAGAUGAGAGAGGCUGAUAACCUGGUGCAAAUCCACCUAUUGUAACUGGGUUGAUUUUACCCUUGUUGGUCUGCCAGUGCCGGAUGUAAAUGAUUGAUAAUUAAAAACUGCAAACGGUAGUAGAAACAAUAACAAAGCUUACUUCCUGCCUGUUUUGGUAAGAAGCUGAGGGAUGGGGCUGGAGAAAUGUAACCGCUCUCAAAUUCAUAGACAGCGCUUUGGAUGCAUGGACUGACCAUCCAUUGAUAUCAAAAUAAUAGUUUUGACAAUGUUUUGAGGCUGUACAGUGUUUCAUUAAAUUGGAGUUGAACAAGCUUGAUGGGGUAAGAGAGUUGCACUAAGCUCAUGAGGCAUUUAUAAGUUAUAUUCUUCAAGAGUGAAUGUGUACAUAAAAAAAAUAAAUGAUGUAACAACUACUGAUUGUCCCUUUAAAGGCGUGACCUUUUGUAGAAAAAGCCUUCCUGUUUGCGUUAAUCAGAGAGAUCCCCUUACUGGUGGGCGUCCUAUGGGCGGACAGGAGCAGGGGGGUUACUGGGUUGAUUUGAUUUUUUUAAGUACGAUGGUAAAUGUAGUGUUUGCUGGCGCCCAUAGUCCACCUAGACACACCCUCCGUGAGUGUUGUAACACCCACGUUUGAUUGAAUGUGAAUUGUGUGAGAAACUCAUUGUUAGUAAUGACGUUUGUUUGUGAGGUGAUAUUCCUGCUUAGGAUGGAUGUAAAUAAAUGGCUGCGUCCUGA